AUGGAGGUCUAUAUCAGGGGCAUCCCAGAGAGACUGACACAGAACCAAUUCGAGAGAUCCAUUCGAUCACCCUUAUCGGACUUGGGAAUCUAUGAUUGGCAAGUUCAGAAGCGCCCACGCAACCAGUUCGCCAAUUUGAUCUUCCUGAACAUCAGCGAUGGCCAGCGUUUCCUCGAUAGCCAUGGCCAGGCCAAAGACCUUUCGGGGCGAGAAUAUUCGCCUGCCUCUAGAACGAACAUCGUGUGUUUCGGCGUGCCCCUCUCUUGUUCGCUCAGUAAGAAGCAGCCCGACCCUUUGGCACUCAGAAGUCUACAAAUGGAGUCUAAAGCAAGGCUGGCUUCAAAAGGUUCGACUGGGCAGAGCCAAAUUGGUUCUCACUCUGGUGCCGAACGUACGGUCUUGAAAGUCCUCAGCCUUUCCUGCGGAACAUGGGGUUAUCAAGGUUCAAAGACAGUCUUUUUCCCUUACACCCACUGGCUCACCGGAGGGGCACUGAAAUUUGUUCGCAAGCGGGCUAUCAUCAGCUCCGACCAGGGGUUGAGGGUAGAUAUACCACUUACAUCGAUUGUUGAAACCAACAUCGAAGGUCUACCGCAUCCUGCGAUAACCUUGACACUGAAUGCGGCCCCCCUCUUUUUCGAAUCUGCAUCCAGCAGCGCGUUGGGGGCAUCAGAUCUCGACGAUAUCAUCACUAUCCUGGGGAAUCUGGGUAAUAACCGUCAAAACUGUCAAGGUCCGCAUUGGACGAGGAUACCAAGUCUGAACAGCCACCAUGAAACAGUGGCCGGCACAUGUCUGGUUUAUCGAAUCAAUCUUGAAGGCAGUACUGUUGACCAUCAAAUGACGGCAAUGGGUCGGGCAGGUCAAGUCUUAUCGCCCCUUCAACAGCAUGUCGAGGUUGUCGAACCACAGAAGCCAUACAAAGCCGAGAUGAACGCUCUUCUUGGACGCCUCGAGGGCGUCAAUACGACGCGCAGCCCUGCAUCUCUUCCUUUCAAUGUCAAGUUCCAACUACAAGCACUUGUGCAGAACGCAGUUCUCCCACCAAGUACCAUAUACGGGCUGCUUGGGGACAUCGACGCCAUGAUAACUCGAACGGGUCCCCAGAUCUGCGCUUACGCGAUUAGGAGAUUAUCCCAUGAACUUCCAUCUCGAUGUCUUCAGACAGAUUUUGAGAACGCCGGCCUCCUCGCCGCAAGGAAAACUUUGCGGGCCGCCGAGGCUCGAGUGAGGGAAGGCGGUCUCCUUCCGGAAGAGAUGCAAAACAUCGGCGGCCGAGCGCAUAUCCACAGAGUGACCUUUACGCCUGCAGGAAUGUACCUUUACGGCCCGGAGCCCGUUAACCACAACAGAGUGCUUCGGAAGUACCAUGAAAACCAUGACGCAUUCAUCCGGGUACAAUUUUGUGAUGAAAACGGAGACCCUAUUCAUUACAGUGCCCACUGGUCCAAUGACACUAUCUAUUAUUCGAGAUUCAAAAAGAUACUCAAUGAAGGCUUCCAUGUAGCCGGAAGGCGUUACGCGUUCCUUGGGUUUUCUCAUUCUUCCCUUCGCGCACAGUCCUGCUGGUUCAUGGCUCCGUUUAUUCAUGAUGGGUCUCUCUUGUACGAUCGUCAACUCAUCCGAGGCCUAGGCGACUUUUCAAGGAUGCGGUGGCCAGCAAAGUGCGCUGCCAGGAUCGGACAAGCUUUCUCAGAAACGCCUAUCGCUGUUACCGUGACAGAGGGGGUGGCUCAAGUGAUUGAUGACAUCGAGCGGAAUGGCCGGGUUUUCAGCGACGGCGUCGGAACGAUAUCGAAGAUCCUACUGGAAAAGAUCUGGGCUGCAAUGCCGGUUGAGGGAAAGGUCAAACCUUGCAUCUUUCAGAUCCGGUACUCAGGCGCAAAAGGAAUGAUAUCAUGGGAUCCCAGACUCACUGGCGAGAAGAUGCUUUUACGCAAGUCUAUGGUCAAAUUCUUUGCGCCAGGUUCCCUCGAUAUCGAAAUAUGCGACGCUGCUUACCGACCAUUACCCUACUUUCUGAAUCAACAGACAAUCAAGAUCCUUGAAGACAUUGGUGUCGACGAGAGUUUCUUCUUUUUCCACCAGAACAAGGAGCUCGAUCGUCUCCAAUCGACCACUUCCAGCCCUACCCGAGCCUCUCAAUUCCUCAAAGCUCACUCCAUCGGCGACAUCAUCCACCUUCCCUGGUUCAUCAGACAGUUGUCCAAGAUGAAAAUCUCUUUCCUGCAUGACACUUUCCUUGCCAAUGUCAUCGAAAUGGCUGUCAUGAUGGAGCUGCGGGCAUUGAAGUACAAGGCCAGGAUCCCAGUCAAGGAUGGAUACACUCUCCGCGGGAUCAUGGACGAGACCGGUCUACUUCAAGAGGGUCAAGUUUUCUGCAUAGUCGAGGAGGGUGGCCUCCCUAAAGUCAUCGCAGGCGAGAAUUUGGUCAUAUCACGCUCUCCAGCUCUUCACCCAGGCGAUGUUCGGUGCGUCACAGGAGUAACGGUGCCCCAUUCCUCACCACUUAUGGCACUUCGCAACUGUGUAUGCUUUAGUUCUCAAGGCAGCAGGGAUCUCCCAAGUCAACUCAGCGGCGGGGACCUCGAUGGGGACCUGUACCAGAUUCUCUUUGACCCCAAAGCUCGCCCAAAACGUCUUUUCGAGCCCGCCGAUUAUCCAAGGGCAGAGCCCAUCGACCUCGGACGGUCAGUCCGGCGAGAAGAUAUGACGGACUUUUUCAUCACCUUCAUGGCAACCGACCAGCUGGGCAGGAUCGCCAACCAGCAUAAAUUUCUCGCCGACCAACGUGACGACGGCACUUUGGAUCCCGACUGCAUCAAGCUUGCAGGACUGCAUUCGACAGCUGUGGAUUACUCCAAGAGUGGAAUAGCGGUCGACUUGACGAAGCUGCCACGCUCGAACCAUUUUCGACCUAACUUUAUGGCACCAGGACCGCACGUUGUUAUUGAGAAGGCGAAACCACUGAAUUUCGCGGCUCCACCGGAGUCUCGCGAUGACGAUGACGAUGAUGACGAAGACAGGCCGGCGUACAGAUAUUACGAGAGUGAUAAAGUCUUGGGAAAGCUGUUUCGGGCCAUUGACGAGUACAAGAUCCUUUCGACUGUGCAGAGCGCCGCUCGCGCAGAACGCCUGCACUUUGCCCAACAGCCACAAUCGGUACUGAAAGCCGUCUGGGCCAACGUCUAUCAGCGGUGUCAGUUUGUCAAAUGGAGGGAACAUGUUCCUAGAGCAGUUGGAAUCCGUGAUGAAUACGAAUCCAUUGUCCAUGAUUUUGCCGUCGACUACGGAACCUCCUAUUCCCAGCCUCUCAGCGAGUACGAGAUCUUCAUAGGUAACAUCAUGGGCCGAGCUGGCGCGCAGAGUAAAACUCAGCGCGAAAACUCGCAAAGUCUGCGAGAAAGCUUCCGUGAUGCUUUGCGUUAUAUUGUCGGUCGUAUCCUUAAGGACGAGGGCGUGGAGAGUGAGCACGCCCUUGAACGGAGUGUGGCCUGUUUGGCGGUUGGAUUGGAAACUUCAAAUUCUGCAACCGUGAAAGGACCUUCGAAAGAAGUCCUGGUCAGCUUUGGAUACGUUGCCGCUUCCGUGUGUCUGUGGGAAUUAAAUAGGCGGGUAGCAGUGAGUGGCGACGUGCUUACCGUGUAG